UUUUUUUUUUUUUUUUCUUCCUGACUUAAAAUUAACAAUGCCCAACUGGACCAAGAUUUUGAACCAUCCCUUAUUUAACAUGGGAUUCUUUUUACUUGUUCGUCAAGUUACAAAAACCAUGGACUUGGAUAAUCCCGAAUAUAGAAGCAUGAUGCGUGGUCUUUAUUUGGGAUCACAAAUUCUCAUUUUUGUCUUGUCUUUGUAUCUCAUGUCUGUCAUUCGUAAAAAGAAUGAUACAACAUCUUUGCGUUACGUUGAACCAGGAAGUCAGCAAUGGGAUGGAACAGAAACGACAGAUAAGUUGAUCAAUACAACUAAUAUGGAUUAUGAUAUUGAAGAAGUCAAGAAACAAAUGAAACAGGGCUUUACUAAUAUCGCUAUUAUUGCUUUCCUUCAUCUUAAAUUUGGUUAUGUUCAACCUUUAAUCAUUCAAAGUAUUUUGGGUUUCAAGACCUUCUUCAUGUCUAAAGAAGCUCGUAUUCAUUUCUUUCAUGGUAAAACUACCAGUGGUGAACUUCGUCGUCCUUUCCGUAUUGAAGCACCUUUCAAUAUGAUUAAUGAAAAACGUCAACCAAAGACAGACAAAGGUUCUAUUAAACGCGCUGAAAAAGCCCUUAAGGCUCAAUAAAGUAUUUUAUUUUAUUUUUUUAUUUAGUUAAUUUCUUUUUACGAGAAU